AUGGACGACAACACCACCAGCCUCAAGGCCAUGAUGGAGACGAUUCUCGCGCGCCUCGACGAACAGAAGGUCGACAGCGACAAGCGGCUCGAGGCGCAGAUCGCCUUCAACACCCAAGUCUCGCAAGAUCUGCGCUCCCUCGCCAAGCAAGUCGAUCUCACGCAGGCGGAUGUCGACGACACUCGCAAGACGCUCGAGAGAUCGCCCUCACCGUCGGAAUCGCACUCCCCGACCGUGCUCCAUCCACCACCACCACCACCUCCGCGGCCCCAGGCCCCGGCGCCACAGCACCAACAUGGGCCGCCGCCGUCUCCGCGCCUCUCAGACCAGCGCCCGCCCCUGUUGGCCACAGCACCACAACCCGGCGUCCAAUCCCAGCACCAGCAGUACCACCAGAUCGGCGAGGCGCACCACCAGCAGCAGCACCAUGGUGACCACUACGUCAAGCCGCCGAAGCACGACUUCCCUCGCUUCGAUGGCAGCGCGCCUUACCUCUGGCUCGACCACUGCCGGGCGUAUUUCGACCUCUACCAUGUGCCGCCCGCGAGUUGGGUGACCACGGCGACACUAUACAUUGAAGGGCAAGCGGCUCACUGGCUUCAGGCAUUUCGCCAAACACAUGGUGGCCUCGGUUGGAAUGCGUUCUGCGCUGCGAUUCAAGAGGAGUUCGGGGUCGACGAAUUUGAGAUGGAGAUGCACAAAUUGUUGCAGCUCCGUCAGAUUGGCACGGUCAGCGAGUAUCGCAAGGAGUUCGAUACAUACAUGUAUCAUCUCCUGGCACUCGACCCAUCUCUCAGCAACAAAUUCUUCAUCACUCAAUUUUUGCUGGGCCUCAAGGACGAGUUGCGCGCAGCAGUUCGGCUGCAGGCGCCCAACAGCAUCACGCGUGCGUCCAUUCUCGCACGCAUUCAAGAGGAGGAGCUGAACACGCCCAGGGCGCGUCCACGGCCGCAGCCGCAGGGCCGCCCACCACCACCUGUGCCCGCCCGGCCGCCGGCCACGCCCCGCCAACAGCCCGACGACUACGCCCGCGAACGACAACUCAAGGAGUUCCGGCGUGCCAACGGACUCUGCUUCAAGUGCGGAGACCAGUACACUCGUGAUCACCGCUGCAACACGCAGGCCCAGCUCCUCACCAUCCAAGUGGGCGCAUACGGGGAGCUGCUCACCGACGACACCGUGCACGCACUCGACCUGCUCGAUGCACCCCAACAAGAAGCACCCCCUCCAGAGUGUUGCACAAUAUCAGCGCACGCCCUGGAUGGCUCGGAGGCGCCAAGCACAAUCCGUCUCCGCGCGCUUGUGGGCAACCAAGUUAUGCUCCUUCUACUGGACUCUGGGAGCACCCACAGCUUCGUCAACAAGUCGUUCGUCGAGCGCGUUGGGGCGACAACGCAAGAGAUCGCCACAUUGGAUGUGCGGGUGGCCAACGGCGACCGACUAACCUGCUCGCGCCAAGUUUCGGAGCUCCAGUGGUGGAUGCAGGGCCACACGUUCUCGACGCCGAUGUACGAGCUCGACACAGGCGCAUACGAUGGAAUCCUAGGCAUGGACUGGUUGGAGAAGAACAGCCCAAUGACUUGCCACUGGCAGGAGAAAUUCAUCUCCUUCCUGCACGAGGGCGAGACAGUCAAGCUACAAGGUGUUCGUCCAAAGUCGACACCCACUCCCGCAACGGUGCAACCGGCAGAACUAUGCAAGUUGAUCGCCGGCAAUGAUAUCUGGGCAAUGGCCAUGGUCGAGAUGCAGCCCCCCAAACCAAGACCAUGCAAGCCCUCGCAGACGCCCAUCAACGAUCUCCUGGAAGAAUUCAGCGACGUGUUCACCGCACCCACCGGCUUGCCUCCUCACAGGCAGUAUGAUCACGCGGUCACAUUGGAAGAUGAAGCCCAGCCAACAAACACACGGCCCUACCGCUACUCUCCAUUGCAAAAGGACGAGAUUGAGCGGCAGGUCAAAGAAAUGCUCGACGCCGGUGUGAUCACGCACUCGGUCAGUCCAUACGCGGCGCCAGUUUUGCUUGUGAAGAAGAAGGAUGGCACCUGGCGAUUCUGCGUGGAUUACAAGCGUCUCAAUGACGUGACCGUGAAGAACAAGUUUCCCUUGCCCGUCGUCGACGAGCUACUCGAUGAACUUGCCGGAGCGGCUUUCUUCUCCAAGCUUGACCUGCGCGCAGGCUACCAUCAAAUUCGCAUGCGCGAACAGGAUGAACACAAGACAGCAUUCAAAACUCACCACGGCCAUUUCCAAUUCAGAGUCAUGCCAUUCGGGUUGACAAAUGCUCCGGCCACGUUCCAAUGCCUGAUGAACGCUAUCUUCGCCAAGUAUACCCGGAAGUUUGUCAUCAUUUUUCUUGACGACAUCCUUGUUUUCAGUGAGACACUCGAGGACCACUUGGAACAUCUCCGCAUCGUCCUCAACUUGCUCCGCGAGCACCAGCUAUAUGCCAAGAUGUCCAAGUGCUCGUUUGCGCAAGAUCACAUUGAUUAUCUGGGUCACGUGAUCUCCAAGCAGGGCAUCACGACUGAUUCUGAGAAGACAGACGCCAUGGCGCAGUGGCCUACUCCAACCAACGCCACCGAGCUCCGUGGCUUUCUGGGGCUCACCGGCUAUUACCGCAAGUUCGUCCCCCACUACGGGAGCAUUGCCAAGCCGCUAACCCAGCAGCUCACCAAGAAAGGCUUUGCAUGGCCCGAGUCGGCGCAGCUCGCGUUCGACACGCUCAAGAAGGUGAUGGUGACCACGCCGGUGCUCGCCCUUCCCGACUUCGACAAGCCAUUCUCCAUCGAAACCGACGCCUGCGACACCGGCAUCGGUGCCGUGCUCGUCCAAGACGGUCACCCCAUCGCAUACUACAGCAAGGCGUUGGGUGUGAAGAACCAGAAGCUCUUCACCUACGAGAAAGAGUUCUUGGCCGUCAUGAUGGCCGUGGACAAAUGGCGCUCUUACCUGCAACGCGGGCCGUUCACCAUUGUCACGGACCACAAAAGCUUAUGCACGCUUGGGGACCAGCAUCUGGUGACCGAUGUCCAGCGCCGCGCCAUGUCCAAAUUGGUCGGCCUCCAAUUCAAGUUCCAGUACAAGAAGGGCGUCGACAACAGCGCGGCGGAUGCUCUCUCUCGCGUGGGCAGUCACUACAGCGCCAAUGCUCUGUCCCUCUGCCAGCCAACAUGGAUUCAGGAAGUGGCCAAUUCGUAUGCCACGGAUCCAGAUGCCCAGGAAAAGAUUCAGCAGCUCGCGCUGCACAGUCCGGACGACGAGGAGUACGAGCUGUACCGUGGAGUCAUUCGCCAUCGCGGGCGGCUGUGGAUCGACGCAAACACAGCCCUGCGCACCAAACUGAUCAGCGCUCUGCAUGACAGUGUCAUGGGGGGCCAUUCUGGCUCGACAGCAACUUACCACCGAGUCAAGAAGCUGUUUGAGUGGAAGGAUUUGUCAACAGGCGAAGCAUGA